CCACUUUCUGACCACCUCCUUCUACCCCACCUUCUCUCUCUCUCCCUCUUUCUCUCUCUUUAGUUUUUCUCUUUCUUCCUGUGCUCUCUCCGCCAUUGUCAAUCGGCGAAAGACAUUUCGAAUUUGAGUUCGGUGUGUGUUUUUAUUAGUAAUAAUUCCUUCUUCGAAUUCAGCGAUCCGUUAUUUUAGAUCGGUUUGCGCAUUAAUUUCCGUACGGUAUUCCUCGUGAUUCGCAACGAGAAGGUGCACGAGAGUCUUGCAUUUUUGUUUGAUGCGUUUCUGAUCGGGAGGGAGAUAUUUUUUUACUCGGACUUUCUCUGUUGUGUGUCGGAGCAGAUAAUGUCGGGACCACUGGACCGGUUCGCAAGGCCAUGCUUUGAAGGUUUCUCUGGCAGUGAUGAGAGAAGAGAAAGGAAGUCCGAUUUUGAAAAUUCUGAAGAUGAGAGGAGAACGAGAAUUGGGUCUUUGAAAAAGAAAGCAAUAAAUGCUUCUACCAAAUUUAAGCAUUCUCUCAAGAAAAAGAGUAGUAGACGGAAAAGCGAUGGGCGAGUCAGCUCUGUUUCCAUUGAGGAUGUUAGAGAUGUUGAAGAACAACAUGCUGUUGAUGCAUUUAGACAAGCGCUUAUGUUGGAUGAAUUGCUUCCUGAGAAACAUGAUGAUUAUCAUAUGAUGUUGAGGUUCUUGAAAGCAAGGAAGUUUGAUAUUGAAAAAGCAAAGUGUAUGUGGGCUGAGAUGCUGCAAUGGAGGAAGGACUUUGGUGCUGACACCAUUAUGGAGGAUUUCGAAUUUAAAGAGGUGAAUGAAGUUGUAAAGUACUACCCCCAUGGGCAUCAUGGUGUGGAUAAGGAGGGAAGACCUGUUUACAUUGAAAGACUGGGAAAAGUUGAUCCUGUCAAACUAAUGCAAGUUACUACCAUGGACCGGUAUGUGAAAUACCAUGUUCAAGAGUUUGAGAAAAGCUUUGCGAUAAAAUUUCCAGCUUGUACUAUUGCUGCAAAGAGGCACAUAGAUUCAAGCACUACGAUACUAGAUGUUCAAGGCGUGGGCUUCAAGAACUUUACAAAGUCUGCUAGAGAUCUAAUUAUGCGGCUGCAGAAGAUUGAUGGUGACAAUUAUCCUGAGACUCUUUGCCAAAUGUUUAUCAUCAAUGCUGGUCCUGGAUUUAGGCUGCUAUGGAACACUGUAAAGAGUUUUCUAGAUCCCAAAACAACAUCCAAGAUUCAUGUUCUUGGAAACAAAUACCAGAACAAAUUACUUGAGAUUAUUGAUGCCAGUGAGUUGCCAGAAUUUCUGGGUGGUAGCUGUACCUGUGCAGAUCUGGGGGGAUGCCUUCGUUCUGAUAAGGGCCCUUGGAAAAACCCUGAAAUAUUGAAGAUGGUUCUUAAUGGUGAAGCACGACGUGCUAGGCAGGUUGUAAAAGUUCUAAACAGUGAGGGGAAGAUUAUUGCUUACGCUAAGCCACACUACCCAAUGCAGGUGAAAGGAAGUGAUACAUCUACUGCUGAGUCAGGCUCUGAAGCCGAAGAGAUUGCUUCCCCAAAAGCAAUAAAGAGUUAUUCACAUCUUCGGUUGACUCCUGUUCGUGAAGAAGUGAAGGUAGUCGGAAAGGCAAGCUAUGCUGGUAGCUUCUUGGGUUAUGAUGAGUAUGUGCCCAUGGUUGACAAAGCCGUUGAUGCUUGUUGGAAGAAGCAAGCUUUGAUUCAAAAACCACAUCCUUCAAAAGUUUCAGGAACACCUCCUGUACCUGACACAACAAAAAAUCCGGAAGGAAUUCACGCUCGGAUUUUGGUUGUGCUUAUGGCCUUCUUCAUGACUCUUUUAACUUUCUUACGGUCAGUGGCAUAUCGUGUAACUAGAAAGUUUCCUGACACCUUGACCAAUCAUGAUCAAAACAUUUGUGAGCAAACUUUUGAUGGAACACACAAGGAAGAGAAUCGUCCCCCUUCACCAACAACAUCAUUUACAGAUUCAGAUGUUCUUUCCUCUGUACUUAAAAGGCUUGUGGAGCUUGAGGAGAAGGUUGAUACUCUCAGAGCAAAGCCAACUGAGAUGCCCUAUGAGAAAGAGGAAUUGCUGAAUGCUGCUGUUUGUCGGGUGGAUGCCUUGGAAGCAGAGCUUAUUGCUACAAAAAAGGCUCUUCAUGAUGCUCUAAUGAGACAAGAAGAACUGCUUGCUUAUAUAGACAGACAAGAAGAAGCAAAUCUACGGAAAAAGAAGUUUUGCUGGUGAAGUGUUUUGCUGAUGGAAGGAGACAGGAGCGUCUCAACUUUAUUUAUGGUAUUAGGCGAGAAAGAAAAAGUGAGGUUUUCUAAUUAUACAGUGUUUCUAAAUUCGAUAACAUGAACAGAUUGAUGUUAACGAUAUAUUUUAAUUAUCUUUCUUUCUUUGUUUUGAAUAUAGUGAAAUUGUUUAACUCUGAAGAAAGUCCUCUGUGGCUGUUACACUUAUUUAAAGGAAUGUCGAUAAUUAUUUAUUAUCUUAA